UACAACUAACAAUGAUUUUUAUUUACAUAUUACCCAUCAAAUAAAAGAGAAACAAACACAGCCACACCAGAAGAUACAAGAGACAAUCCCAACAGACACAAAUGCGGCAACAACAUCUCCACCUGCUCACUCCUCUUGUUUUGUAAAAAUAGCUUAUAUGCUCAAUGUCAACAUGCCAACGCUAUUGUCUUCUUAUGAGAAAUACAUAUAUUCGUUUAAAACCCAUUAAGACCCAAAUACUAAUUGUCACUCAUUUUAUAGUUAUUUCUACAAGUCUUCAUAUAUUUGUUUUAAAGGUCCGGUAAAAACAACAAGUUUAAAAGUAAAAAAACAUAUAACCAACAUAAUAAGAAUAAAAAAAAUUAUUACUUAAUACACACAACUUACACAACUAAACUAGAGAAAAAAUAUCCAGAAACAAAAAGUACUCUCAACAACCUUAAUAUAAUUUAUGUAAUCUCAACAGUACAAGUAACAAAUUAAAAAGACAAACAAACAAUAAGUCUCAGUGACACAGUAAGCAACACCACGAACUAUAUCAUUCACAUUACUAACACAGUUUAGUCCUUCAUGAGUGGAGAACAGUGCAUACACAGUACAUCAUCACAACUCUAACCCUAUAACAAUAAAAAACUUAAAAAACAAUGAUCAACCCGAAACGUAAAAUUCACAGCUACAAUAACCUUAACAAAUAUUGAGAAGAAACAAGAAAUAUGUCUAAAACCCCGCGCUUGCGCGGAGGCAAUGCCAGUAGUUGUACUAAGAGUAUAAUACUUUCAGUAAAAUGGUUCUAUUUUGAGGAGAGAAGUGGUUAUGAAGAUGGAUGGCUUCACACUGGAGAUAUAUGCAUGUGGCUUCCGGGAGGACGUCUACAGAUUAUUGACAGGUGCUUUAAUUGUUAUCCACUGUUUCACUAGUAACUAUAAAUGUGUUGGUUCACAAACACUAACUCCUCUUCUUUAUUUAAACCGAGAAUCAUCUUAGUAAACUUUCCUCAAUUCCUUGAAUAGGAAGAAGAACAUCUUCAUGUAAUCAGUUCUUGUAUUGUGUAUCUUGUGAGUAGACUACUUGUGUGAUAUGUUUUCUUUAUAAGUUGUGCCUUUUACUUCAUGUUUUUUUUUAUAAGUCUAAACGAGCAAAACAAAACAACAACAACACGAGAGAGAGAUUCGACCAAAUUGUUUCUUCUCCUUAUUGUUUUCUUUAUAAGUUGUACCGAGCAAAACAAAACAACAACAACACGAGGGAGAGAUACUCGAUAUUGUUUCUUCACAUCUUUAAGCAUUUCCAAAGCUUUAAGAAUUUGUUCUUCACAUAUCUUUCAACUAAUCAGUUUUUUCUCGUUUACCAAUUUGUAUUUGUAUUUUUAAUAUACUUUUAUGUCAUUUUUAUCAAAAAAAAUUAUGUAUGCUUUUAUUUUAAAUCAUUCAACUUUAAAAAUUAAAAAUUAAAAAAAAAAUUAAGAACCCCUAUGAGGUUCUCUCAUUGGAAAGAAAAGAAAUUAAUUACACUAACAAAAGUUCUUAACUUUUCAAAUUACUAAAUUAACUACUAAUUUAUUGUCCAUUAGAGUCUCUUACCAAUCGACUUAUUGAUGCGGCCACCAUUUUUCAGUAAAUUUUUAGUAAUCAAUAAUCAAACCAAAAUGUUCAAAAAAGUAGUUAAAUAAAAAUAUAUAGUUGGAUAUUUCGUUGACGCCUAGAACGUUGUAUAUAAAAAACCAUAUGAUUGUAUAACUCUCUUAUUGUGAAAAAAGUAAAUUAAAAAAUAGAGUUUCUCUAAGAACAUACUCUCACCUUUUCCAACCACUAAAGCAAUACUGAAGAAACAAAAUGAAACUGGAGCUAGUCCUCAUACCAUCAGCUAGUCACGGCCACCUGCCGCCAUUCGUUGAGUUAUCUAAGCUCCUCGUCGACGGCCAUGACGAUCUCUCCAUCACCGUCAUCGUCAUCCCUCCCAGACAAGAACUCCGUACGCCAAGCCUUUCCUCCUACAUCUCCUCUCUCUCCACUAUGCCUAGAGACCGCAUACGCUUCAUCUUCCUAUCCGACGCCGAUAGGUUAAACUCUCCUAACACCGAGCCGGAUUUCCGUUCAUACUCGGAGAGGUAUAAACCGGCGGUGAAAGCCACGGUAGCUAAACUUAAUGACCCGGCCCGACCGGAUUUGAGUAAGCUUGUUGGGUUCGUGGUGGACAUGUUCUGCACGCAAAUGAUCGAUGUUGCAAACGAGUUCAACGUCCCAAGUUACUUGUUCUAUCCUUCCAGUGCAGCGUUUCUUGGUUUGCAGGUUCACAUGCAAUAUCUUUGCGACGUUGAAAAGUACGACGUGGGCGAGUUGAGAGACUCGGACGCUGAGUUGGAAGUCCCGUUUCUGACUCGCUCUUUACCGGCGAAGUGCGUCCCCUCCGUGAUGUUAAACAAGGAGUGGUUAUCCGUUGUUUUGAGCCACGCCAGAAGGUUCCAAGAAACAAAGGGUGUUUUGAUAGAUACGUUUGCUGAGCUGGAGCCUCAAGCUGUGAAGUUCAUCUCUGGUGGAGAUAGCUCUCUUCCUGAGGUGUAUGCAGUUGGACCGGUUGGUCUAGGUUCGGUCGACGAUAACCAAACGGAUGAGGUUCUACGGUGGCUCCAUGACCAGCCGUACCGAUCCGUUGUGUUCCUAUGCUUUGGAAGCAUGGGAGGUUUCAGUGAGGAACAAGCUAAAGAGAUAUCAAUCGCCCUUGAAAGAAGUGACUAUCGUUUCAUUUGGUGUCUUCGCCGUGCUGCACCAACGGGACCUCCCAGAGAGUUCGCAAAUCUUGAAGAGGUUCUCCCGGAGGGGUUUCUAGACCGGACAGCGGAGAUAGGGAAGGUUAUAAGUUGGGCUCCACAGAGGGCCGUCCUGGCGAGUCCAGCCGUUGGGGGAUUUGUGUCCCACUGUGGUUGGAACUCGAUACUCGAAAGUGUAUGGUUCGGAGUUCCAGUUGCCACGUGGCCGCUUUAUGCUGAGCAACAGCUGAACGCAUUCGAGAUGGUGGAGGAGAUGGGGCUGGCCGUGGAGAUUAGGAAUCAUUUUCAAGGAGAAUAUAUGGCUGCGGCGGAGACAAAUAGGGAGUUGAUAACAGCGGAGGAGAUAGAGAGAAGAAUCGGGUGCUUGAUGAAGCAGGAUAGCGACGUGAGAGAUAGAGUGAAGAAGAUGAGUGAGAAGAGUCACGUGGCAGUUAUGGACGGUGGAUCUUCCCACCAUGCUCUUGUAAGGUUUAUUCAAGACGUCACUGACAAUAUAUCUUCUGAAUCUUGUGGUUAACGUUCCAAAGAGAAUGCUUCGCAUAAUCUCCAGCAAGACAAUAGUAACACUUUGUUUGUGAUAUACAUGAAAUCCCAUUUAAUUAUACAUGUUGGAUAAGUGAAAUCUUGAAUUCUUAUAGGUCUUAUUUUAUUUGGCUACCAUUCUAGUUGUGUAUCUUAGUUAUGGAAACACAUGCUAUUUUUCUUA